ACAUUUGUGCAGACAGCUGUGUGAUUUUAUGAUUUACAGUAAACCAAGACUAGAGUUAACAAUGGCCAUGUGCCCUCUGCAGGAACAGACGGAAGAACACGAGAGGGGAAGAGCCACUCGACUGCUCACAGAGCCGACAAGAAACACAUGAUUCUUCUUUCUAAAGGGAUUAAACCACUCUACUGAGAGAGACGGUGAAGAGGACACCAAACUUAUUUUUUUUCCCCUCGAGUGGACAAUAGACAUAUUUCACAAAGAGAAAAUAAAAGACUCUGGAAGACAAAAGAAGGUAAUUUGCAUAGCUGAUGCUUUUUCCUGCCUGUUGAGCAAAUGAUUAAGAGAAAAAAUUAAGGGCAAAGAGAGUAUUAUUUUUUGAAGAUUUUAAACUGAGAAGCAGGAUCUGAACAUGAACAACAGCAGCAGCAGCUGUGAGAAAAAUGAUGACUUCAAGUACCCUCUAUACAGCGUGGUCUUCAGCCUGGUGUUUGCAGUGGGACUUUUAUUCAACGUAAUAGCGGCGUACAUCUUUCUUUGUACACUGAAAGUACGGAAUGAGACCACCACAUACAUGAUGAACCUUGUGGUCUCGGACAUCCUCUUCGUCCUAAGCCUGCCUUUUCGGAUUGUGUACUUCAUCAAACGAAACUGGAUGUUUGGCGGCGUCCUCUGCAAGAUUUCCGUUUCCCUGUUCUAUACCAACAUGUACGGCAGCAUCCUCUUCCUCACCUGCAUCAGCAUGGACCGCUUUCUAGCCAUUGUGUACCCAUUCCGAUCCCAGAGGAUCCGCACAAAGAGGAACGCCAAGCUGGCCUGCUUAGGGGUAUGGGUAGUGGUUCUCUCUGGUAGUAUACCCACUGGGCUAUACCUGGACACCACCUCAGAAAACAACACCAAUUCUAACGACACAAACUUCUGCUUCGAGAACUACUCGAAAAACCAGUGGAAGACUGAGCUGUCGAAGGUGGUGGUUUUUAUUGAGACCGUGGGUUUCAUCCUACCACUGAUGCUCAACAUAUUUUGCUCGGUGAUGGUGUUACGGACACUGAGGAAUCCUCACACAAUCAGCCGCGGGGGGAGCCUCAACAAGGCGAAGGUCUUGAGGAUGGUCAUCGUGAAUCUGCUCAUAUUCUGCUUCUGUUUCAUUCCGUACAACGUUAACCUCAUUUUCUACGCAAUGGUGCGCAGCAAAGUCUUAAAGGGCUGCAAUGCAGAGGAUGUGGUCAGAACUAUCUACCCUAUAGCUCUCUGCUUAGCAGUGACCAACUGCUGCUUUGAUCCAGUUGUUUACUACUUCACUUCAGAGACAAUUCAAAGCUCCUUCAAGCGAAAGUCGACAGCUUUGUAUCACGGGACCAGACUAUUUCACAAACUGCAAACAGACAGCUCACAAACCAGUUCAAAUACGACACUCCAGAUGGCACCACCGAAGGGCAUCAGAUCCAAAAUAAAUGACAAUGAGUCGACUGUUUGAUGACAGAUAUACUGUUAGUAUGGGCAGUAACCCAACAAGUAGAGUUGGUAUUGGUAAAACUUGAAGGGACUUUGAAGUCCAAACUAAUAUAGUAAUAAGGAGUUACUCUAAACAGGAUACACCAGACUUUAGACUCAGAUUAAGGAUGAUGAUCCCUAGGAAGCAAUAAAACAGAAGAACAGUGUGUUGCAACUUUUUAUAUAACAGCUUAUACCUGGAAAAUGGGUGUGUAAAUGACCAAUUUACAUGCUCUAAAUAAUUGUUGGACAUGUGAUGUUUUGUCUGUAAUUUUAUUUAUAAGAGCUGAACCAGAAUUAUUGGUCUUUUAAGAUGAUGUAGUAUGACAUUUGUAGUCAUUUGUGUAUUCUGUAGUCACAUUAAGCCCAAUGUGCACCUUACAGCGUAGCCUGCUUCGUAAUGAAUUACAAAUUGAGUAAAUAAAACAAUUUCUAUUUUAUUUAAGAUUCGAGUUGAAGUAGAUUUUUUUAACUGAAUAAGGUGGUGUAAAGUGAGCAUAUUUGUCUUACUGGUUAAUACCACAUUGUGUAUCGAGGGUCCAAACAUAACAGUUCCAGUGAAAAUCCCAUACUUUUGCACACCAAUUGCAAUGACUGAAGAGUAUGAUUAAUUUAUGGCAGCAAUUUCUGUCACAGCCAGGCUUUAUAACAGAACUUGCAAAACUACAGGGUAAGAAGAUGCAUUAAUACAUUCAGACAAUGGUACAAAAACAUAAAAUCCAAAACACAUCUAGUCUUUUCAUAUUUUAUUUUCUAUACCCGGAAAUUGCUGAGAUUUAAAUUCACAUUCUCGAUGUGCAGUUAGAGCUUAGUCACAACAGUGCCAAUGAUUCUGAAGAAACAUUUCAGGCGUGGCUUUUGGCUAAAGCCUUUACAAACAAUGUGAACGUGAUUAAAUCGGACCUGGCCGUAUAGACAGGACCAUCCAGAAACUAAAUCUUAAAUUUAUCACAUGAAAAUGCUCUUGGCUUGCAUUUAAUUCAGCGUGUGAAUGUGUGCAUGAAUGUGUAAACGACUGAAUGUAGUGUGAAGUGAUUUGGGGCCGCCUGCCAAUGAAACCGUGGCUCUUUGCAAACAGAAUACUGUGGAGCUUGUGAAAUAUUUGCUCCACCUUGUGAAAGCUGUGCACAGCAAGACGGAGCAUUACUGCAUUUUUUUGUUGAACCGCUUGGCCUGAGGGUCGAUGCAAACAAGAAUAGACUCAUCGUCUCCAGUGACAGAGAAACUAAAGCAUGCAAGCCAAAGCACACCUCAUGAGGUGAAAACGUUCACAAAACACCGUCAGGAAGGAAGCAGCUGUGACACAAGUAUUUAGCAUGAAAUAUAGGUUUCUAUGAAAUCCGUGGGUGAAAAAAAGAAAGCAACCCGGGUUGGAUUACAGUCUGCUGGUAGAAUGAACCUGUUCACAUACAAUUAUUUGUUUACAGAUUUAUGUUGGCUUCUUAACAGCUAUUUCUUUUAAAAAAACAAACAACUUUUAAAAUUGGACAAAAGAAACUUGAGUAAAUACAAAAAAAUUAAACCUAAUUACAGUCGUGCCACAACUGCCAACAAACGUUUUUGAUCACAGUCAUUGCUGACUCAGUCUUUUUUUGCAUAGUUUCUUGAAUUUAGCUGCAAAUUAUGGUUUUGAAUAUGAACAGAAUGUUUAAGGUUUUGCCAGUGUCUCAAUCAGAUUAAAGUUCAGACUUUGACUAGGACUCUCUAAAACAUUCAUUAUAAUUUGCUUAUGUACUUUGCAUCAUUAUCAUGUGGUAUAACCAGAGUGUGGACAGCAUGGUGACGUAGUUGGCAGCCCUGCGGCCCAGCAGCAAUCAGGUUAAAAUCUCAGGCAGGGGUCUUUUCUGCAAAGAGUUUGCAUGUUUAACAGACUGACAGAAUCCAUGCAAUUGGCUGCACUGGGCAAACACUAGAAGUGCCUUGCCAAAGGACACAACAACAGACUGACAGAGCAAGGGUUCAAUAUGGCAACCCACUGGUUAGGGGAGGAACUCCUACCACUUCACCAGGUAACUUAAGAUCAUAAACUGAUGGUUAGGCCUGUUGCAAUGAACAAUAAAUCAAUUAAUUGCAUAAUACAUUAAAAAUAGCUCAAUAUUUCAUUAGUAUAGGUUAUAAUUUUUCUCUUUUCUCCUUUUACUUCUAUCAAAGCCUGUAAAACAAAGGUCUCCAGUCUGCAUUGGUUUCAACUAGGACAGUUUUGUUUACGGAACCUUCAUAAUUCAUUUGGUUUGCUGUUUUGUUUGUUUAUUUUGGAUAUUUCAAAUAUCUUCCAGUAAUAGUGUUAAAUUUUCAUUAGAAUUUAAAGUUUCUUGAUUUUUGAGAAUGUGUUCUUGCAUUGUAGUACUUGAAAAUUGGUCUCAAAACAACAAUUUUAUCGUUUAUCGUCAUAACUUGUGGGACGUGGCAGGCCUGCUGAUGGCCAGACAAUCUUCUGGAAGACUUUUUUCUAAUCUAGAGAACGCCAUACAUGGGUUUGUCAAUUACAACACAUUAUUCAGGUCCUGAACCAGUAGAGUGACCCCAGACCAUUAGAUGACUACCAGCACUGCGUUUGACGGUUAGUAUGAUGUCUUAAAUGCUGUGUUAGUUUUGCACCCAAUGAAAUGGCAAAACAUCCCGUUUUGUCUCGUCAGUCCAGAGAUUAUUUUCCCAAAAGGUCUUUGUGUUCCUUUUGGUGUGCAAUGUUGUUUUUUGUUUGUGACAUUAACUGAGACAACAACAGUCACAAGCUACAAACUAUAAGUGGUAAGACUGGGUUGUAUGACAUAAGUACUGUGCUGAUGUGAUACAAUCUGCAGCUGCUGCAGGGGGCUGCUGUGUACACAGAGGAGAUGCACCGCAUGAUUUUCCUGUCUGUCUCAUUUGAUAAAUGCUGAUUAACAAAAGGUCAAGACGAUAACAUAUUGAGAAUGGUGCACAACAACCUUGCUUGUGUUUGAAGUGAACUAAGAGCAUUUGAACAUCCUGCAAGAGGACAGUGAAAGAGUGUAGCUUUGUGCCUUGGACAUUGUUCAAUAAAUGAUGGAAGCCUGGGUCCUGUAAUCUCAUGCUUUAACACACGCAUCCCCUGAUCUCAGCAGAUACGUUUGCAUAAUCUGAAAGUACAAAGUUAAUCUAAAACAAACGGUUUCUGUUUGUACAUUUAUUGUGGAACAAUGAUUUGAAAGGGUUUCGUUUUU